AUGGCGAUGCUGCUCCUCUCUUUGCCUUUCCUGUGCUCCCUCCACCUGCUGCAUAGUACAGCGCAGCAAACUCCCCGCGACCUUGACGCCCUCCUCCAAGACUAUGCCUUGAGAGCAUUUGUCCGUCCAAAGACCGGCCUCACUUACGACGGCCUGCUUCCUUCCAACUUGUCCGGGAUUCAGAUUGCGGCCAUGCGCCUCAGGAGCGGCAGCUUGCGGGCCCGCGGCGUUGCCUCCUACAAAGAGUUUCAGAUACCUCAGGGAGUCAUCGUGCAGCCCUACGUGGAGCGCCUCGUCUUGGUCUACCACAAUUUGGGCAACUGGUCGCUUGCCUACUACCCUCUCCCUGGCUACAACUACCUCGCUCCCCUCCUGGGUCUCCUUGCCUACGAUGCUUCCAAUCUGUCCGCCACAAAUCUGCCGGAGCUGGAUUUCAGAGCAUCUGGCAAUCCUAUAACCAUCAGGUUCCCGGACGUCAAGCCUGCGCCUCCGGGGUCCGUACCAAAGUGCGUUUGGUUUGAUUUGAAUGGAUCCCCGAGUUUCAGCAAUGUGGUGGCCGGCGGGGAUGUGUGCUCCACCGCCCAGCAGGGACAUUUCUCUAUAGCUGUUGAGUCAGUUGCUCCAUCACCGGCGCCCGGAAUCUCACCUUCUCCAACUGGGGUGCCCUUACCUCGCCGCCAAGGGAAGAAGGGGAGUAACUCCAGCACCAAGGUUUUGAUUAUUGUAGCUUCUGUCCUGGGAGGGUGGCUGCUACUGUCACUUCUGGUGUUCCUGGUGUUGUGGCUGCGCAAGCUGAAGCGAAGGAAGAGGAUGCAGCAAAUGGAGAGAGCUGCUGAGGCUGGGGAAACCCUGCGAGUUACGCCUGUUGGGCAAGCCAAAGCUCCAGUAGCAAUGGUGACCAGGACGCAGCCCAGCUUGGAGAGUGAAUAUGUGCCAUAA